UAUGAAAGAAGGGAGGGCUGGACUUGAGGAGACUUCGCAGAACAGGUUUUGUUGCCUAAAUAUUUCUCUUGUUCGUCAAAAUCAUCCUAAUUCCAAAGAAUGGCUGGAACUUUAAAGAGGUUUUACGACCUGACAGCCAAGCUGCUGUCUGGAGAAACUUUGAGUUUCUCUGCACUGAAGGGGAAGGUAGUUCUCAUUGAGAAUGUGGCGUCCCUCUGAGGAACAACAACCAGGGACUACACUCAGAUGAACGAGCUGCACUCUCGAUACUCCUCGGAGGGCCUUGUUAUUCUGGGAGUACCCUGCAACCAGUUUGGGCAUCAGGAGAACUGCAAAAAUGAUGAAAUCCUAAGAGCUCUGAAGUAUGUUCGUCCAGGAAACGGCUUUGAACCAAAGUUCCCGCUCCUUGAGAAGGUGGAUGUUAAUGGGAAGGAUGCCCACCCUUUGUUUGUCUUUCUGAAAGAGAAACUCCCGUUUCCCUCCGAUAAUGCCAUGGCUCUCAUGACUGACCCAAAGUCCAUCAUUUGGAGUCCAGUGUGUAGGAAUGAUGUAUCCUGGAACUUUGAGAAGUUCUUGGUCAGCCCUGAUGGGGAGCCGUACAAGCGCUACAGCAGAAACUUUCUCACCAUUGAUAUUGAAGCUGAUAUUAAAGAGCUGCUUAAGCAAGUCAAGUAAAGUGAGCAGAGAAUGGCUGUGGAGAAUAUCAGUUGUGACCGCCUUGGAAAGAGAGAUUUAUCAGUAGCGACAUGUGUUGAUGGGAUUUGUCACGCUUUACGUUAAGUUUGUGAUAGUGUCAGUACUUAAUGGUUACUCAAACAGUUUACUAAAUGAAGACAUUUCCUGAAACAUUUAUGAGGGAAGACUCUGAUGAAGAUGUAAAGGUUUGACUGUACCACUUUGUACAAACAAUAUCACAGAUCUUUAUUUGGAAAACUUAAAUAGAAUAAUUAAAAAAA